AUGCUAGAUGACCAGUCAAUCUGGAAUGCUAUCGGCCAGUCCCAUAAGUUUUGUUCUUUUAAAAUGAAAACUGAUACGGAAGAGGUUCUUUGUAAAAAUGCUAAUAAUGUUUCAGGUAUUUGUUCUAGAUCUACUUGUCCCUUAGCUAACAGUAAAUAUGCAACGGUUAGAGCUAUCAAUGAUAAGCUUUAUCUGUUGCUUAAAGAGCCGGAAAGAGUUCAUAAGCCCCGACUGCAGUACGAAAAGAUAUUAUUAGAUAGUGAUUAUAAAACAGCCUUAUCUCAGAUAGAUAAGGAAGUUAAAGAUUUUGGUUCUUUUUUAGUGCAUAAAUGUAAGCAAAGAUUAACAAAAUUAUCUGAUUACCUAGAAAGGAAAGAAUUGUUAGAUAAGAUAGGAAGACCAAAUUAUAUCAAAAGAAGGAAAAAGGCAGAAAAACAAGAUAGGGCUAGGGAGACUAAAGCCGUUAAAGUAGCUAAGAUAGAAAAGUCGUUAGAAUCUGAGAUAUUAGAGAGAUUUAGUGCCGGGGUGUAUGGGAACAGGACUAUACUGGAGCAGGAGAAGAAAACAGAGCAGGAGAAGAAGCGGGAGAAAGUGAUGCAAAUUCAGACUAAGGGUAUAAGGUAUGUAACUGAGUUUGAAGAGUCCGUAGAAGAGGAGGAAGAGGAGAAGAAGAAGAAACGGAUUAAGCUGGAAUGGUAA